AUAAAUGAUGAUAUUAUCGCGAACGAUCAGUGACGCCGACGGCGGCUUAUAAACUCGUAUCAUGACAUACGAGCAGCCUCCGACGAGAAUACACAUCGUAUCGAUGUCGGAAAAGGUAAUUAAAAUUGCGUAUCAUCAUCGGUGCCAAAGAGGAUAGUCAUCCUAAAUCGCGGAAUGAAGAACCGAAUUGUUCAAAGUCCCGCUUAUGAAGACAGCGGAGUCGCGAUUUCCGGCGAACUCGGCGAGCCUUCCUUUUCCGGGGAAUGUGAAGGAAUAGUGUCCCUUCAAGCGCCGAAGGAAAUCGAGGAAGAUGCAAAUCCUGAUCCUAGAUAUGCCGCGCAAUGCACCAUAAGACAACAUUAUUACCCCGAAAACGGUUGGGGUUGGGUCAUCGUCGUGACAGGUGUCAUGGUACAGAUUCUCGCCACGGGAAUCCAAGGGGCUGCCGGAGCUUGGUUAUUACUUGAUGGAACAAAGCGAUAUCGUCAGACUCUCCUCAACGUAGGUACGUGAUGCAGUAAACAUUAUUAACAAUAUCUUAUC